AUGGCUCAGCCUAUCGAGGUCGAUGCCCUCGUCGUGGGGGCAGGAUUCGGCGGUAUCUACGCAACAUACAGCCUAACCCGCAUGCAACCGCGCAUGAAAGUCCAAACUAUCGAUAUGGCCAGCGACGUUGGAGGCACAUGGUACUGGAAUAGAUAUCCCGGUGCCAUGAGCGACACAGAGAGCUACCUGUAUCGUUACUCCUGGGACAAGGACGACCUGCAAACGUAUCCCUGGUCGCACCAUUACGUCUACCAGCCCGAGAUCCUGAAAUAUCUAGAACAUGUUGUGGCGAAGCACGACUUGCGAAAGUACAUGUCGUUCAACUGUCAGAUGCAGUCGGCGACGUGGGACGACAGUCUACAUCGCUGGCGGAUCGAGUGUUCCACGAUAGGGACCAGCUCCGAGAGAAUCGUGUAUCAUGCUCGAUACCUCAUCAACUCGCUUGGCGUACUUUCCAAGGCGAAUUAUCCAGACAUCCCCGGCUUGAAAGAUUACCAGGGCAUCACGUGCCACACUGCAAAGUGGGAUGAUACCAUCGACCUAAAGGGAAAGAGAGUCGGCAUAAUCGGGAGCGGUUCCACCGGCGUGCAAGUCAUGACGGCAAUCGCACCUCUCGUGGGUCAACUCACUCUCUUCCAACGACGAGCACAAUACUCGGUACCCAGUGGCCAGGGGCCAGUCGACCCCAGCUAUCGACAGAAGAUCAACGCAAACUACGACACGAUCUGGGACAACGUCUGGUCCUCGAGAAUGGGAUUCGGGGUCCCAGAAGUAACCCGCAAAGCGACCGACGCGACGCCCGAAGAGAGAAAGCAGGCCUUUGAGGAAGUCUGGUCCCAAGGAAACGGGUUCCGCUUCAUGUUCAGCGCCUUUGGCGACAUCGUCACCAGCGAAGAAGCUAACGAGGCCGCCUGUGACUUCAUACGCGGCGAAAUCGACGAGAUUGUCAAAGACCCUCGUAAAGCGCAGAUUUUGAAACCUCGGGAGGCGUAUGCGAGACGACCGCUCUGCGAUUUUGGAUAUUACCAAAUCUUCAACCGCGAUAACGUUGACGUGGUGGACCUCCAGGCGAACGGCAUCAGACGUCUGGUUCCUCAAGGGGUUGAGUUGGCCGACGGGACCGUUCAUGAGGUUGAUGUGCUCAUUUUCGCCACGGGAUUCGAGGCAGUCGACGGCAGCUACACGAGGAUCCAUGUGACGGGUCGAAAUGGCACGUUAAAAGACCAUUGGGGUGAUGGAGCUACGACCUUCGGCGCCGUUGCUUGCGCUGGCUUCCCCAACAUGUUUCUCAUUUCUGGGCCUCAGAGCCCUUUCGCCAAUUUCCCUCCCAUCGUGGAGUUAGAGGUCAACUUCAUCAUGUCGAUUAUACAGUACGCCGAAGGCUCGCCUUCAGAAACAGAGCCAAAAGAAGGCGAGGGGGUUGAUAGCUUGGGCAAAGAAGCAGUCCAUACACGUAGCCAAAGGAGGCGGAUGAUCAUGGAGGCCAAGGGGCAAGCCGAAUCAGACUGGGUAGAGCUGUGUGAUAGCAUGCUGAAGGGGUCUCUAUUCGCCAAGACUCCCAGUUGGAUUUUGAGCCAGAACAUUCCCGGGAAGAAGACCAACACUAACUUCUUCUUUGGUGGGCUGCGACCGUAUCUAAAGUUUGUUGAUGAAGAGGUCUCUGCAGGGUUUCCAGGGUUUCAACAAUCAGUGGCGCAAGAGGAUGUCGUUGCCCACUUGUGA